CUGUUCAACACCCGCUCUCCACAACAAUCAAAACACAACCCGUUGUUGAGCCUUUGCAAUUUACAGACACGCCUUUUUAUUCAAUCACAGCUCGUCGUUGCCUCUGAGCAAGGGGGAUCUGCUACCGUCUCGUGAAAUCACGACCGUCAAAACUGCCUUCCACGUGCGCCAUGCGCCCAUGCAUCUCAGAUGCCCCUCUCCUGCGUCUUGGUCAUCAUUGCAGGGCACAGCCAAAAGCCCCUGGCAGCUGAUAUCACAACCACCUAUCUGCAUAAGAGUAGCAAGAGAGCACCGUGUUCGUUCAUCCCUUCCGUGACAAAAAGUCAAGCCGCUUUAGAUAUCAGUCAAGUCCCAUCUUCCUUGCGAGGCUUGCCACUGUCUACGUUUCGGAGGGACAACUGUGUCUGCACAGAGAGGGAGGUUUCAUCACAGUCUUAAGUUGUGGUACCGUGUCGCAUUGAUGGCGCUGUCUGAUGUUUCAGUGUCCCGCGGUCGAUACUGAUCAAUAUUUAGCUGUAAGAAUGCACGAAACGUUUGGUCUUCCAAUAGUGUCCAGAGAAAAAGUAGAGACUUCGAG